AUGGACGAGGACGAUCUGUAUGGGGACGUCGCAGGCGGCGCUGAGGCAGCAGAGAACGGCAACGAUGACGGCGAGCUCGAUCUGUACGGCGACAUGGACGCCGUCGUCGCGCCCGCGGACGCCGGCACCGGCGAUGCAAGCGGCGCCGUGCAGGCCGACACCGUCGGCGACCGAACAGACGGCCCCGCGCAGGACUUCGGUCGCAGCGUCCUGGGCGGCCAGGGGCGCGGCAGCUCGUCGCUGCCCGCGGACGCGUCGCCCCUGGUCAUCUCCGGCCUGCCCUGGUGGACGUCCGACGCGGAGCUCGAGCGGCUGUGCUCGCAGCACGGCAUCGUCUCGCUCGUCCAGUUCGCCGAGGACAAGACCUGCGGCAAGUCCAAGGGCUUCGCCGUGGUCGUCAUGGAGGACAGCGUCGCGUCGCACCGCGUCAAAGCCGCCCUGCACGGACAGUUCCUCGACGGCGAGCGCUGGCGCAUCUCCUGCGAGAACGCCGACCCGCGCACGCUCGAGAACCUCGUUGCGUCCGGAGAUGUCCCCGCGGGCGACUACGGCACCGGGUUUCUGUCGUACAAGCCCAGCAUGCCGCCCGCGGCGGCGCAGGGGGGCGCGGGGCCCGCGGCGCCGCGUGGGCCGCCGAUGGGGGGGCCGCCGGGGAUGGGCGGGCGCGGGCCGGGGUUCCGGGGCCCGCCGCGCCCCAUGAUGGGGGGUAUGCCGCCGCGCCCAGGUAUGAUGGGGGGGGGUAUGCCGCAUGGGAUGGUGCCGAUGCCGCCGCGGUAG